GGACUGAAGGACAGCCUGGACCGCAACAAAAAUGCCCAAUAUCAAAAUAUUCAGCGGUAGCUCGCAUCCGGACCUGUCUCAGAAAAUAGCAGACCGCCUGGGUCUCGAGCUGGGGAAGGUUGUCACGAAGAAAUUUAGCAACCAAGAAACAUGCGUCGAGAUAGGGGAGAGCGUACGUGGGGAAGACGUCUACAUUGUGCAGAGUGGCUGUGGGGAGAUCAAUGACAAUUUGAUGGAGCUGCUGAUCAUGAUCAACGCCUGCAAGAUUGCCUCGGCCUCCAGAGUCACAGCUGUCAUCCCCUGCUUUCCGUAUGCCCGGCAAGACAAGAAGGACAAGGUGGGGAGCCGCGCUCCUAUUUCUGCCAAGUUGGUGGCCAACAUGUUGUCAGUGUCCGGCGCAGACCACAUAAUUACCAUGGACUUGCACGCCUCACAGAUACAGGGAUUCUUUGAUAUCCCCGUUGAUAACUUGUAUGCAGAGCCAGCCGUGCUGAAAUGGAUCAAAGAGAACAUCCCUGAAUGGAAAAACUGUAUCAUUGUUUCACCUGACGCAGGAGGAGCCAAGAGGGUCACCUCAAUAGCCGACAGGCUGAAUGUGGACUUUGCUCUUAUUCACAAGGAGAGGAAAAAAGCAAAUGAGGUAGACCGCAUGGUUCUCGUCGGAGAUGUGACAGAUCGGGUCGCCAUUCUGGUUGAUGACAUGGCUGACACGUGUGGCACAAUCUGCCAUGCUGCUGACAAACUAAUUUCUGCCGGUGCCACCAAGGUGUAUGCCAUCCUAACCCAUGGCAUCUUCUCUGGCCCAGCUAUCUCACGCAUCAACAAUGCCUGCUUUGAAGCUGUGGUAGUCACUAAUACAAUCCCUCAGGAGGAGAAGAUGAAACAUUGUCCCAAAAUACAGGUUAUUGACAUCUCCAUGAUUCUUGCAGAGGCCAUCCGUAGAACUCACAACGGCGAGUCUGUGUCGUACCUGUUCAGCCAUGUCCCCUUGUAACAAAUGGUUUUUACCAUCAAUAUGUGUCCUGUUACACCAAAUAAGAGAAGAGGGAAAUCCCCAACCCAAUCGCAACCAUUAGCAAAGAUGUUCAGCUAACUGUGGAAAACAAAAAAGAAUGAACUGUCAUGUCUGUUACCAAUGCUGACCCCACUCACAUGAGUUCCUUCCCCCUUUAGCAGUGACCCUGGGGCACCAAAGAAAUGGCAGAUUACCAAUUUAGGCCAGCUUAUUUAUUGUACAUGGAUAAAUAAGAGUUUAUCCACUGUGAACUUUGCCCCCCUUUGUUGACAUCUACAUACAGAGUUUCUCCUGACCAUGACUGACUCCAGGAGUCAUUUCAAUCUGCUGUCAAAGAGCUUGGAUAAAUAUCCCUGGCAGACUCCAGUGGUCAGGAGAAGCAUCUGGCAUAUAAAGCUGUUACAGUGCUUUUUUUUUGUUACUAUGAACGAGUGUAGGUUUUCAUGUCGCUCUUAUAUCCUCAGCUGUUUGAAAGAUUAUAAUGAAGUGAAUGUGUUUUGAACUAGUUUACGGUGCCACUGAAGCUCCACUCAACCAAGAGUGCCUCAACAGUCUGAAAUGAAAUUACUUUUUCCUCCAGAUCCCCCACCCCCCCCACCCCCAACACCAUCUCCAUCCCCCUCUUAUUUUGUUUAUGCUUAGUUUCUCACUGGAUGAAGAGCUUACAUGUGUCUCAUCAGGCUGUAGAAGAUGUUUUGGGAUGUUUCGUUCAACUCUUGAGGUGCCUUCAUUGAGUGGGGUUUGCCCAGUGUCCGGGGUUUGCCCAGUGUCCAGGGUUUACCCUUUGAGGUUCUAUGUUGAAGAUCUUUCUAUAGAGAAGCUGUUUGGUUUUUAGCUUGGGGUCUCUGCAGGCUGGAGCUUCCUUCAGAAAUGUUCACCUGCUUUUUUUUUUGUUUUGUUUUGUUUUGUUUGUUUUGUUUUUGUUUUUUUCUUAAUAUCUGGAGGAAGGAUUUGUCAUCAAUGUGCAUAUUCCAAACCUUUGUGUUUACUUUUUCAGUAGGAUUAAUGUGCCAGUUAUCUGAGGGUGCGUUCUUAAUAAAAUUGAAUAUGCAUAAAAUCUUAAAA